AUGGAUCGAACCCAAAUUCUCCUUGUUGGGUUACCACUUUUCCUUUUCUUCUCUGACAUUCUCAACCUCUUCGGUCCGCCACCUCCUCCGAAAGAUGGUUAUCGCACUUUCCCGGACCCUAAACCGACCCCUCAACCGAACCUUCAUCAACCCCUGGAGUUCCCCACUCAGAAACAGAGUGGUAUUGGCCCAAUUGGAGCUGGCCACACCGUCAGCAUUGACUUCUGCACUUCCUGCUCUUACAAGGGAAAUGCAAUAACAGUUAAAAACAUGCUGGAAUCUGAAUUUCCUGGGAUUAAUGUUGUUUUGGCUAACUAUCCACCUCCACUUCCAAAGCGCAUUCUGGGCAAAAUAGUUCCAGUGGUGCAAACAGGAGUUAUUGUAGCUGUAGUUGCUGGUGAUCAAAUAUUCCCUAGACUGGGUUUGACACCACCACUAUGGUACUAUUCAUUGCGAGCCAAUAAAUUUAGAAGUAUUGCGAGCACUUGGCUGGUUACAAAUUUUCUUCAAUCCUUUCUUCAAAGCUCUGGUGCUUUUGAAGUAUAUUGUGAUGGCGAAUUGGUUUUCUCCAAACUGAACAAUAACAGAUUCCCUGGUGAAAUUGAGUUGAGGGAUCUUGUCGGGAAAAGAUUAGGUAACAGCUUUGUCAGAGGUAUUGAAGCUGGUGUUUCCUUCAGAAACUUCCAAUAG